CUCGCCGGCCGGCCGGUGCCGCCGGUCGCUCACGCACUCCAGUUCUCGUUUGAACCGCGUCUGUUAAGGUCGUUCGCAGCGAGCUGCCGUGCGAAGUUUACUAUCGCGAAAGGAUUUUCCUUUGUCCCGAACCUCGAGGACCCUGCCCUCGUAUUAUGUUUCCGCGUGAGAGCUGCAACCAGCCCCGGCCUACUGAGGAGCCGGACCGCGUGCAGCGCAUUCAAUCACGUCGAAAUUUCCGCAGUUUUCCCAAAUUCUGUGACGGCUAUCCCGCGAAACGCGUACGCCGGGCAAUUUGAAGUUUUUUUUUGUGAACGUGUGAGAAAGUAGAGCGGGCCACCGGACACCGGCCCGAGAGUGUGACAAGUAAGAGUACGGACUGUGAGCAUCAUGUCGACGGGGAAGCGGCUAGCGAAGAGGUCCAUCAUAGGGACGCGCGUCGCCGCGCUUGGUGACGACGGGCUGUACUAUUCGGGGAUGAUCCAGGAGGUGAAGACGCCGUCCUCGUUUCCGGAGAACAAUAACUGUAUAAACUUGACCCCGAAUACGCGGUACACAGUGCGUUUUGAUGGUGUGAAGAGUACGCGGGAGUACCGGGACGCGGAGCUGAUCGGGCCGGGCUUCCGCGGCAUGGCGGGCGUGCGGCUGCGGCCGGGCCAGCGCGUCUACCUCACCCACAACGGCCGCGAGGUGCGCGCCGACGUGCUCAGCCACGACCACCACUCUGAUGAGCUGAAGGUGCAGGUUCACACACCCGCCACUGAGGCCCGGAUAGAGCUGAAGAAGAGGUUGGAUGAAGUGAGAUUGCUAGAGUCACGUAAAUCCGCGAGGUUAGCGGAUGUGGACACCGACUUCGCCAGGCUGGCAGACAUGGCUGGCGACCGCCGCCGAAUCUCCGCCACCAUUGAAGUACCAUCACAUCACAUGCAAGGAUCACGCAAGCGUGGGCCAAGCAGCUCAUGCGACAUGGGAUAUGGCGAGCGAGAUGAGCAGAUGAACGAGUGCAACGCCGCGCUGGUCCUCAUGUCCCUCAGUUGCUCGCCGAACUCGCCACGCCCAAGUGCUUGGGGAGGACGGUCCUCGGUGUCACCGGGUGCUAGCAGCAGCUCGGGCUCCUCAUGGCGCUCCGGCACGCCAUCUCCACCUCCGGCUUCCAGCUCAUUCAGUGAUGAAGGCAUUGCCAUGGACUAUGAUCACCCGCGUAAAAAACGGAUUAACAGUGUGGUGUACGAGUGCACCUGGCGGGGCUGCGGGUACCGCACCAACUCCUGCCCCUCUAUUGAAGCUCACAUCAGAAAUACACACUUGGGUAAAAACAAAGAGAGCGACAGCGACCACGAGGAAGAAUUCUACUAUACAGAGCGCGAAAUUUCGACGCCUGCGCCUCCGCCGACGCUCUCCCAUCGCGACAUGUGCCGGCCGCCUCAUGAAGACCCGGAGUACCAGCGGCAAUUCGUUGGCUCUUACAGGCAAGGGCUUCUGUCGACCAUGCAAAAUGGGUCUGCGAGGCCUAUAAGCAUUCCUAUCACGCAUUCCUUGUCGAAUUCACAUUCACCGAAGCACAUGAGGCUGACGGUGAGCGGGUCGCCGAGCAGCCCCGGGCGGCGGCCGCGCUCCGACAACAAGAAGUGCCGCAAGGUGUACGGCAUGGAGCAGCGCGACCUCUGGUGCACUCAGUGCAAGUGGAAGAAGGCCUGCACCAGGUUCGGCGACUAGCGCGUGCGCCGAUCGCUCGCCGCCACCCGAGCGCUCAUCUUUCUCAAAUGAACAUUCAGAAUUCGCUGAUAUCGGUUUGACCGUUCGUGAUGGACGAGAACUUAUUCCGUGUGCGGAUUAUCUUAAGAAAUUAUAUUAUGAGAGUUUUUAUUUAAUAUAAGCAAAGAUGUAAUAUUAAUAUAUUCGAUAUGAAAACAAAGGAGACAUAUUUUUGCUCUUUGAAGUGGCUCGUAUUUUGACUGUAGGUAUAUGGACAUUGCCCACGUAUUUUUAUAGCAGUAGAUUCGCCUUUACUGUGACAUGCAUGCAGUGUUGUAUGUCGCUCUCGGUCUCAGACUGUGAAUAUUAGCCUUAAGUUUAGUUUAAGAUUAGACUGACAUCACGCAGUGUGAAAACUAUUGUCGUGAAGUCAAAAAAUAAUAUCAGACUGCGGGAUACGUAAUUGAGAGAUUUGAAAAGUUAUUUUGAAUGUAAAUAAUACUUAUGUGAGUUUUAUUUAGGUACUGGAUUGCAUACUAAUUCUGCUUUAACUCUUUACAGUCUAAGAGCAUGAUGUACAUAGUAUACACAAAAAAUAUAAUUAUAAUAAUGACUUAAGUAAGUUUUCCUCCAUAUAAUCUCUCAAUUAUGACGCAUGAGCCUUUUGUCUAAUUAUAUCUGACGUAGGUACAAACUGGUAUUUUAUUUUCUAUAAAAUAAUCAGGACAUGAAUUAUUUCUAACUUAUUCAUAUUUUUACAGAGUCGAAUAGUAUUUUUUUAAAUAUUGGCAUAUUUCUACUCCUUUGGAUCACUGCUUCACAGAAAAAGUACAUCCGUAGUGUCAGUAAAUUCCGUCCACAUUUUCGAAUGUGCUUUAUAAAGUUAUGACGAACAAUGUUUUCACACUAGCAAUUGAGAGUGUAUGCUGACACACUGGCAUACAAUAAUCACUUCGACUCGGAACUCCAGUCGAAUAUUCUUCCGUGAUAUUUUGCGGAAUAUGAACUCUGACUGAAUUACUAGAUAAUAAUGAAACAAAUAAUAAUAUAUGAUUUAGUCUCGUAAGUUAUCUCAGAUUCGACGAAAAGACUACAAAACAUGUUUAGACUUAAAAUUUUUAUGAACAUAUCUGUGUCGUAUACAACGGUGGUUCUAUCGGAACAAGAAGACAAUACUCAGCAUCGCCAGUGCUCUGCGCAUGCGCGACAUAGCACGGGGCCCGCGCGAGUGCCGCCUGCGAGGUGGAGAAACGAUAUGAUUUGACAGACGUAGGUAGAAGAAAAGCUUACAACUCAGAAUAGUAUGGAAUACAUCGGUAUGACAAUGAGUACAUGAUAUGUAUUAUAGCUGGACAAAUAAUCAGCAAACUGGGCUACUUUACUUACAUCUCCUUAAAUGACUGCUUGGAAGAUGGGCAACCAAAAGUAGAAGUACUUAUGUAGCCCAAAAAAUUGCUUCUAGACUCUGACUACCUACAUGGAAAGUUGGAAAUUCGGAACGAGGGAAAUCGGAAGAAAAACGGAAAAAAACGAGUGGAGGCGAUACGAGCUGCAAUAUUAUUUUAAGUAUUAUUAUAUAAAAAUUAAAUUGUAAAUAUUAACUAAUAUUAUUAUUAAUUGAAUUCUAUACUAUUAUGCAUGAAAGCAAUGGAUGUGUACAUAAAAUAUAAUAUAGUAUUGUUACUUAAUUAAUGUUACUAAAUCCGAUUUUGUACGGUGAUAAACAAGAAUCACCUUUUCACAUGAAAAAGUUUAAGCACGUGGCGCGGUAUUGCUGAUCCGCUAUAGUUACCAACAUUUGUUUAUAAAUCAACUAAAAUAAAUAGAGUACUUUAAUAACCACCAACUACCUACACAAUGUUUCGUAAAAAAGUUGGAGAUUAACCUGUGCCAAUUGUGGGAAGAUUAAUUAAGAUUACUGUGCGUAUGCUUUAUCACUAAUGUACUAUGGUGCUGACACAGGCUAACUGAACGCACACCGAUAUGCCUGCGCGCUAGGUGUUAAUUCUCGCUGUUAGCUGUUCCAGUUUUUAUAUAUUUUAAUCUCAUACAUCCUAAUAAAUAAAUUUUCGUAAAAGGAAAAAUAGCUCAGAUUGUUGAUUUUGAAAGAGAAUCUAUUUAUAUAUUUAGUCUUGCCAAAAAUAUUUUAUUUAAAACAGGGUGUUCAAAUUUACCACAGAUUUUGUUGGCAUUCAAUAAAUUAUAGUAUGAUUUAAUUUACGCCACGUACCUGCGAUUAUUACCAAAUAUACAUUUCUCAUUGCAAUAAUGGUUGUGAUAAAACAUUGUUGUCUUUUAAACAAAAUCAAUCGAGAUUUCUUGGAAGCAACGAAACACCACGCUCUUAAACCAAAUUAUCAAGUUAGUUGUAGGCGACGACAACUCAGCUAGCGAUUUGACAACUGCCAUACUGUAAGGUCUAGAUAUACUGCGGCGUAGGUUAUAAAUUUAUAUUAUAACGUAGAUAAGAAUAGAUAUAUUUUAAGAUGGAGUCAUAAUAAUAGUAUUUAAAUAAUAGGUACAAUACAAUCAAAUUGUAUUGUGAUUAGUGACUUAUUAUUAAAUGAGGUAAAUAACUUGUGCUACGCAACAAAUUCAGCAUAUUUUGUUAAACCCUAAUAACAUUUAGAGCAAUAUUUUUUUUAUAAACUGUUAUAAACAUUUGAUCAGAUAAGAACGUUUCAUUUUGCGUCACCUCAAUACUCACUAUUUCGACAUAAACAGUGUUUUAAGUUUUUGAUUAUUUAUCUAUUGUAUGUGAUUAAUCAAAUAAAUAUAUAGUUAAGUAUAAGCUACUGCUACAUAUCGCUGUAUAACUCACCAGCUACAGAAAAAGAUAAGCUGCGUCGCAAAUGGCAUGCUAGUUGCUAAAUAUACACCGAUCUCAAUUUUAUUCGAAGCUAUUAGAUUUUUGUUUAUCUACAAAUAAUUAUUCAUAGAUAUUUUCUUACUUCGAUAUUUAGGUACCUAAGUUAUUUAUGUUAACUCGUAGUUAAAUUUUUAUUUGAAUAAAGACAAUUUAUUUUUAUUAAGAAAUUGUAAAUAUUAUUUACGUAUUCAUUUAGCCAAAAUUUUGCUCAAUUUUAUAUGUACUCAACACCAAAGUCAUAAUAUAAAAUAUAACAUAUCAGUACAAAGGAGCAUAAUUUCUGCAUGUUCAGGUAUGGUUUGCAAACUUGAAAGAUUUUCUUCAAGAUGUACAAACAUUUCUAUAGUAACUCUACGUGACCUGUUUGGCUUGCCUCAUAUAAUAGUGAAUCUUUAUAUUGAGCAAUCGUGAUGGCGACAUCAGACAUCCACAAUACAACCGGGAGUUGGACCGAUCUGAUUCUGUGGGCGCUAGUCUAAGCUCUAAGUCUUUUGUCAUUAUGUGGUUUGUUAUAUCUACUAUAAUCAUACUGGUGUAUGUAUUGAUCCAUUUAAAUGUUUAUUUAGAUUUUUUACUAAGGAAACUUUUCGUAAUAACGUGUAAGUUCGUCGGCUGCACCUGUGCACCAAAUGUCUGUACACUGUUAAUAAUCUUAUCUAGGAAUAAUUUUGCAUUAUACUUAAAUGAACUUUGAACCCGAAAUCAAAGCCGACAACACACUUUAUAAAUUUGAAAAUAUUGCUGGCCCAAAGGCCAUAAUUUGUACUUAGAAGUAAUUACAUAAGAUAGAGUAUAAUAAUAUGUUCUCUUCUUUUAUUUCUUUUAGUCUAUCAAAUUUUGUUCGCCAUGCCUUCUCAUUACAAUGGACCAAAUUUGGUACACCCAUUAUUGUCAUGAAUGGAGACGUCUUGAGUACUAUUUCUUCUUGUGCCCUUUGGCUUAAAGUCGAGAUGACAUAUUUUCAAUGUAUGUAAAUUGUGCCUACUUCACUAUUAUAUAUUUUUAUGAAAUAAUAACAAUAAGUGUAAAUAUGUAAAUUCACAAUAGAUUGAUAAGGUAUUUCCGAAGUUGGAAAUAUGUACUGCUUGUUUUACCUAAGAUAUUCGAGCAAUACCUACAUUUGAAUCAGAACCUAAUGAUCGAUCAUUUACAAGAAGUUUUAGGUGAUCAGACGUUGUAGGUUAUUUAGCGUAUCUAUUUACUUAAACGUGUACAUAGAUUGUUCUAAUAAUAUAAUUUCAUUAAUUUCAUUACCGUUUGUAAUAAGUUUUCUUCAAUAUGUUAUGUUAAAAAGGAUUUCGAAGUUAUUCACUUUGUACGUAUUCUGUUUUUUGCUAUGUUAGUAGCUGAACGUGGCCUUUCUGUUUUUCAAGACUAUUGGCUCUGUCAACCCAGCAAGGCAUAUAGACGUGACUAUAUGUAUGUAUGUAUUUAGUAGGUAUUUAUGGCUAAACUUACAUUUGUUCAUUAAUCAAUAUUGAUGAUUCUUCAUGGUAAUUGAAAAUUAAAGCAAGGAUUAAAUAACCCAUGUGUUUCUAUUUGGUCCAUUUUAUUUUAUUAACUUAUAAUAGUUGUUAUCUGCUGUAGAUAAAUUUUGUUAUUAUUACUAUUCUGAAAAGAACCUAUCGCUAUCGUUAACAUGUAAGUGGGCAAUAUUAAUUCAUGAAAAUAUGUCUCCUGCUUUAUUAUGUAGAUCUUCAUCUCACGUCGCUUUGGAGCACGUCACAAUUACAACAUAUGUAUAAAUAUUUGCUAUUCAAUUAUGUAAAAUCUUAUUAUGGUGAAAUAUUUUUUUAGAUUUUCAUGACAUGAUCAAGUAAUCGCUCGAUGUGCUCUAACUCGCUGUGUGGUAUAAUUAGACCAUAUUUAUCAAGUUAUUUUUAGUGAUAUCACAAUUUUUGUCAUCUUCAGAAAAUGCUGAAGAUUUAAUACGUAAAUAGAUGAAAAACUUAAAGCAGUUUUGUGACCAUCAAUAGGCUUAAAGGAACGGUGUUAUAAUCACAAGUUUUAAUCUCACAUCGUGUAUUGUAUUCUAUAAAAGGGACAUUAGUAUCGAAUAGACGAUGUCGUGUCAUAGCGUGCAGUUAUCCGGGAGUUGGACGCGUAGAUACGGAUACAAUAGUUACCACUAGCUGUAAGUUUGCAAGCAACAUUGCGGUCUAAAAUGUUCUUGGACAUGUUGCUAAUCGUUCGGUUUCUUGUUUAGUUGUCAAUAUCACAGCAGUUUUAUUUAAACUGUCAGCUAAAAUUAUAAAGCAGCUUAUUUUCAUCACAUAUUUAUCUUUAAACUUUGUAUCUACCUAUACUUAUUUAAAGAUGAAAGCGGUGUUUCCCUAACAACUUCCCGUGUCAUGAACUAGCUGGCAGUUAUUCUACUGUGAUAUUCAUAAUUGUAUUUUUAUUUAUCUAGGUUAUUAUUAUUUAUAAAUUAAAUGUUGAAUGUGCGCGUGUUAUAUUUUACUGAUAUCGUGUUUAGAAUAGGCGAUGUUAUUUUAUAUUGUACCUAAUGUGUAGGUCCAGAAUGUGUUCCAAAUUAUUGAUUUUAUGAGAUAGAUAUUACAAAUAUAUUACAUAUUUAAAUGUUUAUGUUAAUAUGUUGCCAAGGAAAUGUUUGAGAAUGUAAAAUAAAAAAAUAUUGAAUCAAACAACAUAAAAUUUAAAACAUCACAAAAUUUUACAGCCUUAUUUCGAAAUCUAAGCUCUCUAUAGGUACAUAAUAUUUUAAAUAAUUAUUGCAUUUCAUAGUGAACGAAAUUUGACUGUGAAACCUAUGUACGUACCUAUAAAGUAAUAGGUACUUAAAUGUUAUACCAUGUGAAAUUUUUAAGAGAAAAUGUUAUUAUUUUAUUACGUGCUACUUCGAGUAGACUUUUUGCCUGAUGUAUUUACCUCAAUAAGUUUAGUACGGAUUUUGUGUGUUUUAAAAUAUAUUUGAAUUUAUUAGAAUCAUCGUGGCAUUAUUUUACCACUCCUCCAAAAGAUUCCAUGUCCGACUUAAACUCUUACUUAGUAAAACAUUGCUAUUGUCUUCAUAUAUUUCUUGUUCCCUGUUAUUCUAAUGUAGUAGGAAUGUUUUGUUUAUUGUGGAACUAAAGUAAAUACAAUAGCAGUACAUCUGUAAAAAAGAUUCAGAAGUGUUAAGUUAUGGAACAACUCUAGACCUAAAUUAAUUUAUUUCAGAUCGUGUUAUUAAUUGAUACAUACAUAUAUAUUUACAAAUAUAAACU